ACAAAAUAAAAAAAGAAAAAAAGAAAAAAAGAAAAAUAAAUUCUCGGGUUGCUAAAGUCUGCAAAACAACAGAGAGAAAGUAUAGUAAUAAGCAGAAAAAAUGGUAUAGGUUAUUGGUGGGCAGUAUAGCACCAUUAACACAACUCCCAAGUUCCCAACCCCAAUUCAAUUCCCUACUCUCUUCUUUAAUAAUGCUUCACAUACAUUUCACUCUCAUCCUACGUAUAAAAUAUAAUAAAUAAAGUAAAAAAAUCACCAAUUAUGAUCGAAGAAAUUGUGAUAGACGUAGUGUAAUGCAUUUAAGUAUUUUUCUUUUAUUAUUAUUAUUUAUUUGUCACAGUAUCUUUGCAACAAAAGGACAAGCGGAGGGUCAAGAGAGAAACCCCUGCCUGCCUGCCUUCUUCACACAUCAUCACCAUUAAAACCUACCACACCAACGAAACACAACUUUCAUAUCUCCCUCCACACUUCAAAAUUACUCUAAACAAAACUAAUUUUCUUUUUUCUUUUGAAGAAGAAAGAAAAUAUGAGGAGCAGCAGCAGCAGAAAUUGUAGAUGAUAAUCAUGAUGAUGAUGGAGUGUGGGUCAACUAAGCCUGCAUGGCUUCAAGCCCUUAUGGCCGACACUUUCUUUGGGACUUGUUUGCUUCAUGAGAAUCGUCGCAAGUCCGAGAAGAACGUUUUUUGCUUGCAUUGUUGUCUCAGUAUUUGCCCUCACUGUCUACCUUCUCACCGUUCUCAUCCUCUUCUUCAGGUCAGACGAUAUGUUUAUCAUGAUGUAAUUCGAUUGGGGGAUCUUGAGAAGCUCAUUGAUUGUUCCCAUAUUCAGCCGUACACCAUAAACGGAGCGAAAGUGAUAUUUUUGAAUUACAGGCCACAGUCUAGGCCAUGCAAGGCAGGCUCCUCAACUAAUGCUUGUUUCACAUGUGACAGAAUUCUUCAAGAACCCUUCCAUUUCUGCUCUCUCUCUUGCAAGGUGGAUCACAUGGUGUAUCAAGGGGAAGAUUUAUACAGUAUUCUACACAGGUUCAACGAGUCGGAUUUCUCGUACUCGCAAUUCGAAGGACUAAGAGUGGAUGGGCUGGAAGGAAUAGACGAAGAUGGUCAAAUAACAACAAAUUCAGUAGUAGAAGAUUCAUCACAAUUCAACAAAGCCUCAUCUUCAGCUCCCACCAAUGUCGUCUCAUCAGGAACUCACAUUUUCAAAAGAAAAAACAAAGGCACCGAUUUCCUUCCUGCCGGCAUCGUUCUAUCUCUCAGCAGCCGACGUAAAGGCGCCCCUCAAAGGGCUCCUCUUUCUUAAACCCCCAAAUAUUCAAUUACCAUAUUAUUAACCAUUAAAAUAAAUAAUUUCAGGUCGGGUUUCUUUUUAUUUCAUAAAACGAUUCGGAUAAUUGUGUUCUGUCGUGUCGGUUUAUAUUAUAUAGAUAUGCUAUUUUCCGGUAAGGGUUUUGGUUUGGCAAGUCAAUUAUGCGGCGGUCGGUGCGUGUAUUUCCGAUCACUUUACCGGUUUUUUCCGGUCCGUGCGGGUAUGCGGCACCCACCAAUUUUGUAUUAAUUCGUGUAAUUUUAUCGGAACUUGCACGUAAAUUAUAUAUUUUCUGCGUUUAGGUUGUU